ACGCAGCCGGGAAAGGGAGAGAAACCGCAGCUGACGUCACUCGCGGGCGGGGCCGCAAGUCCUAAGAAAAGCCGAUGGAUCUCGAGCCGCAGCCGGGGCCAGGCACAGCCUCACUAUGAGCGGCCACAACAGCUCCGAGCUCCAUGUCCUCUGUAGCUCCAGCCAGCUGUUCCUGCAGCCGCUGUGGGACAGCCUGAGGACCCACGAGGCCCUCACCCACUCGCCCUUCUUCCCUGUGAUCUUCUCCAUCGCCACUUACGUGGGCUUCUGCCUGCCCUUCGUGGUGCUGGACCUCCUGUGCCCCUGGGUGCCCGCGCUGCGGCGCUACAAGAUCCACCCCGACUUCUUGCCCUCGGCGCGCCAGGUGCUGCCCUGCCUGGGGCAGACGCUGUACCAGCACGUGGUGUUCGUGUUCCCUGCGACGCUGCUGCUCUGGGCCCGCGGGCCGGUCUUCCUGCCCCUUGAAGCCCCCGAGCUGCUUCAGCUGGCGUUUCACGUCGUGUUCUGCCUGCUGCUGUUCGACACGGAGUUCUUCUUGUGGCACGUCCUGCACCACAAGGUGCCCUGGCUGUACCGGACCUUCCACAAGAUGCAUCACCAGAAUUCGUCCUCGUUCGCGCUGGCCACGCAGUACAUGAGCAUCUGGGAGCUGUUUUCCUUGGUCUUCUUUGACAUCAUGAAUGUCACGUUGCUCGAGUGCCACCCGCUCACCAUCCUGGUCUUCCACGUGUUCAACAUCUGGCUGUCGGUGGAGGACCACUCGGGCUACGACUUCCCCUGGUCCACGCACAGACUGGUACCUUUCGGGUGGUACGGGGGCGUGGCCCACCAUGACUUGCAUCACUCUCAGUUUAACUGCAACUUCGCCCCUUACUUCACACACUGGGACAAAAUAUUGGGAACUCUGCGGUCUGCUCAUGCCAAGUAACAUGCACCCCUCCCAGCUUGGUGGUGUGGCUGCAGUGGGCAGUGGGUGCCCCUCAGACCCUGUGCAUUUCACACUUGACUCAGGAGAAACACACCUGAACUUUUUUUUCAAGUAACUUAUUACCUGAUGGAAACUUAUGGAUAAAAUCUGAUGUAUUUUCAAAAGCUGAUAAAGUAAUAUAUGUAAUGUUUAUAUAUCAACAAUUGUAUUCUUGGUGUAGAAUUUUAGCUGGCUCACUUCAAUAGCCUUGAUUCCUGGAUAUAAAGUAGACAUUCAUCUCUGGAUUAUUUAAAUCAUCUCUAAAAGGAAUUGCUUGUAGAACAAGGAAUUUCCUAUAUUUGAAAGUGUCCUAGAAUGAAGCUAAAAGAGCAUAUUUUUAUGGAGAAUCUGAUGUCUGACUCUAUAAACAAUGAAACAUUCCUGCUGGACAGUUACCAAGAUUAUUGUACUUUUUUUCUAUUUUUUCAUAGAACUGUAUAUUUAUAUUGAAAGAAAUGUUAUUUGUACUUAAAAAGAAAGAAAGAAAGAAAGAAAAUACACCAAAUAAGUACUGGCUGCUCUUUCACUGGCAUUUUGACUGAUAAACUAACAUGGGAGGACGGAGCUGGGAUGUGUGUGUGUUCUCUGGCCUCUUCACUGAAGUCGCCUCCUCCUCUGUCUGCAGCAGGACCGUGCUGGGACUUAAAGGUUAUA